CUUCAGUUCCGCUAAUCUUGUUUUUAAUAUCAAAAUAGAUGAUAGGUUAAUUUUAUACCACCUAGAGCGACAAAAAAUUAUAAUAAAAAAUUCCAGCUAGAGAUACUUUUAGACAACAACCUACAGAUAGUCAGUCGUGAUAUAUGAAAGAUCAUCGGUCCCUUAAUAUGUACCUCGCAGACCUCCGUAGUGUGACGUGGAGGAAACAUGGCAAGUGAUAUUAUUCUGGAAGACGAAGAGGAGAAUAUUUUAUAUGAUUUACUUAUUAACACAGAAUGGCCGCCCGAAACAGAUACGCAGCUGCGUGGACUGAAGGAACACAACUCCUCGAUCGUCGCAAAGGCAGUAACAGGGCCCUUCAGGUUUAUUCUGCACUACCUUUGGUACAGCCCCUCCAGUUCAACUCUGCCACCUGGACUGGUUCGCCUUGCAACCAAACAGUUGAACUGGCAAUUGGUUCUGGCAAGUAAUGGGAAGCUCCUGGCUGUGGUUCAGGACCAAUGCGUGGAAAUUAGGUCAGCUAGAGAUGACUUUGGAUCCAUCAAAGGAAAAUGCCAAGUACCCAAGGAUCCAAACCCUCACUGGCGCAGGGUCGCGUGGAGUCAUGACUGUGCUCUUUUGGCGUACGCUGACAGCACGGGUACGGUCCGAGUCUUUGACCUGAUGGGCAGCGAGCUCUUCAUUAUACCACCGGCUAUGAGCUUCCCGGGAGACUUUAGCUAUGCAGCAGCCGGCCUGAUGUUCUUGGAAUACACUGCCAGUGCCCAAUGGUCAGCAGAGCUGCUGGUGAUCACCUACAGCGGUCAGCUCAAGAGUUACCUGGUCAGUGUCGGAACCAAUCAAGGAUUUCAAGAGAAUCACAGUUUCUCCGCCCACUAUUCCAAUGGGAUUACCACAGCAAUAUAUCAUCCUGGCCACAGGUUGCUGUUGGUGGGAGGCUGUGAGUCUGGAGACAGUGAUGUGUCCAGGGCGAGCCGUUGCGGGAUCACAGCGUGGAGGGUGUUGUCAGGGUCACCUCACUAUAAACAGGUCACCAGCUAUGAGGAUGACAUCAAUGCGUCCCAGAGGCGAGGAUUCUUCAGGAUUCCCAGCUUUCGACUUUUCUCCAGGCAUAACAGUGAACAGGAUGGUGUGUUCCGAAUGAGCCUGUCUCCUGAUGGCACAGUGCUGGCUGUGAUCCACUUCUCUGGCAGUCUCAGUCUCUGGGAUAUUCCAUCAUUCAAACUGAGAGGCAGCUGGAAACAAGAGGAACAACCGGGAUUUGACGAGAUAAACCCGGAAUGGAAGACGUCGCUGGAGAAGAGAAAGAAGAUAAAAGAUAAGGAGCAGUACCAGUCUCUGCUAGAUGUGAGCUGGUGGAGUGAGACUGCUUUGAUUUUAGCCCGCUGUUCUGGGGCUCUCACCGUUUCCUCUGUGCGGACGCUCAAAAACUUACUUGGCAAGUCGUGCGAGUGGUUUGAAACCUCACCGCGAGUCACCUCGGCCCAUGACGGGGGCUUCCUCAGUCUGGAGUGUGAGGUAAAGCUGGCCCAUAAGCGCGCUCGUCUGGAGAGCAGUGUGACGGGUGAAGAGGACGAUUGUGAUGAUGACUCCGACUCGGAUGAAGAGUCCUCGGCGAAAGCACGUUAUUUUGGAUACGUGAAGCAGGGGCUGUACUACGUGACUGAGAUGGAACGUUUCGCCCCUCCCCGAAAACGGCCACGCACUGUUAUCAAGAACUACCGCCUGGUCAGCCUGAGGUCCACCACGCCAGAGGAGCUCUACCAGAGGAAGAUUGAUAACGAGGAGUAUGGAGAGGCUCUCUCUCUUGCUCAAGCAUAUGGUUUGGAUUCUGAUCUCGUCUAUCAGAGGCAGUGGAGAAAAUCUACAGUCAGCAUCGCUUCCAUUCAGGACUACUUGAGUAAGAUAAAGAAAAGAUCAUGGGUCCUGCAUGAGUGUGUGGAGAGGGUUCCAGAGAAUGUAGAUGCUGCCAAAGAGCUGCUGCAAUAUGGCCUGAAAGGAACUGACCUUGAAGCACUGUUUGCCAUCGGUGAGGGAGAAGACCAGGGCAGAUUUAUUUUGUCAGGCGAUUUGGACGUGGACGAUGGUCCAUAUGAAGACUUCGUUUCCACAGAGGAAGAGAUGGAGCAAAGAAAGGAGAGGGAAGCCAAGAAGAGACAGGAGCUCCUCAAGAAAGUGGACUUUAGCAAACUGACUCUAGAGCAGAAGGAGCUCUGCAGAAGUAGACUGAAGCUUCUCUGCUAUCUGGACCGUUUGGCCACUUAUGAGGAGAUUCUGGGUGGACCUCAUGCGGCAGAGCAGCGAUUUGAUGCUGAGUUUUUCAAGAAGUUCCGCAACCAGAAUAUUGUUCUGUCAGCAAGAACGUAUGCAAGGGAGAGUAACGUGCAGGCAUUGGACAUUCUCUUCACUUACCACGGAUCUGAGCUGCUCCAGUACCAGCUCGCCAUUCUCUGCAAUUUCCCAGAAACCACCUCUCCUCACGAGUACUCUGACCUUCUGCCUAAGGCAGGUGUGGAUAAAAAGGGUAAUUUGGCUUUCAUUCCUUGGGAGGAGAGCCGACACAGAGAUUUGGACUGGUGUGAAGUUCCUGAGUGCAGAGGAGUGGUGGAGCCCAACCCAGUGGAUGACUGUCACUUCUUAUUUGAGGAACAACCAGAACUAGAGAGGUUUCGUAGCGCUAAACCCUCCAUCACACUGCUGACUGAAUGGUACCUGACCAGGGCACAGGACAUAGAGAGCAAUUCCCGCCAGGUUGAUUGUGCUCUGUCUCUGGUGCGUCUGGGAAAAGAGCAGAACAUUCCUGGGCUGGAGGUGCUGUGCGACGACCUGGUUACCAUGGAGACACUGGUGUACGAGACGUCAUGUGAUCUGAGUCUCACGCUAAAGGAGCUCCAGCAGCUCAGGGACAUUGACAAGCUCCGCCUCCUCAUGAAAAAUUCCAGCGAGGAUCGAUAUGUGAAGAAUUCAUUCCAGUGGAUGGUCCCGUUCCUGCACCGCUGUGAGGGACAGGGGGUGGGCUCUGCCUCUGCUCUGCUCAGAGAAUAUCUGGUCACCCUCGCCAAAGAUGAUCUUACACUCCCACUCAAAAUGUUCCAGCACUCAAAGCCAGACUGUCAUCCAAAAGUCAUUGGAGAUUCGGAUCAGCUUAUGUCCGUGGCAUUAGAGUGUAUCUACAGCUGUGAGAGAGAUGACCAGCUUGCACUCUGCUAUGAUAUACUUGAAUGUCUACCACAGAGAGGAUAUGGACCUGAGACAGAUUCUACAAAAGCCUUGCAUGACCAGGUGGACAUUCUUGAAAAACACUUGAGUGUUGCUGAGGUUCUGGAGAAACACGGUCUCCAGAAGCCCAUCUCCUUCGUGAGGAACAGUCAGAACAGCAAAGAGGAAGCUCACCAGCUGAUGGUGCGACUCACCCGUCACACAGGACGCAAAAACCCUCCUGUGAGCGAGACAGUGUGGAGAGGUCUACUUCAAGAUCUUCUGGAUAUGCAGCAGAAUGUUUAUACCUGUCUAGAGCCAGAAACUUGUCAUCAGGUGUUUGUGGAGAGUUUGCUAUGUUCGGGACGAGAGGAAAACGUCCGUCUGGCGGGUCAGCUGAUGCACUGCAGCGCCGUGUCAGAGGACACUCCAGUCAGCGUUUCGCUCCGUGGUAAAGCUCAUGCCCGUGUGUCAUAUAGCCGCAGUGUGGAGCUGGUUCUGGCUGCUGCUCGUGAAUACUUCAACUCUUCAGCCACCCUCAGUGACCCCUGCAUGAACCUGGCACGGUCGUGUCUGCUGUUGAUCACGGAUUGUCCUUCUCUCGUCCAAGAGGAAAUGGAUCUCAUCAGCGCCCUCUCUCGACUGGAGCAGUUUGGCGUGAAGGUUCUUCCCUUACAAGUGCGUCUGCGGACGGAUCGUCUGUCAUUGAUAAAGGAGUGCAUCUCUCAGUGUCCUACUGCGUACAGACAGUCCACUCUCCUCCUAAGCCUGGCCAGACUGCUACGCGUUGCAGGUGAUGAUGAGGCCAAGAGAAAGGGUCAGGUGCUCACGCUGCUGGCAGAACAGGCUCUCCGCUGUCAGGACUUCAAGGCCUCCUACAUCCACUGCCAGGAUCUGAUGGCUGCAGGCUACAGUGAUGGUUGGAAUGUGUGCGCUCAGCUGGGUCAGUGUGAGGCAUACUCACAGCUUUCUGCCCGUCAGAAGCUGAUGGCGUUCGCGCUCACACACUGUCCUCCCAGCAGCAUCCAGAAUCUGUUAACGGCUUCCAGUUCCCUUCAAACACAGGUUCUGUACCAGGCUGUAAAUUACAAGAUUGAUCCUUCUCAAGCGCAGAAAACAGGCAGCGAGCUGUCAGAGCAGACCGGAGCUGCUGUUCCUGGAUCAAUUAACCCCACAGACCUGCUGCACAGAACCACAGCCCGCACUCUAGAGGUCCUGACCAACACCACCACGACCACCAGAGCCGUGCUGACCGCCGUCAGCGACUCCCAUUGGUGGAGGGAGUCCCUCAGCUUACUUCGCCCACUGCACGGACAAGCUGUGGAUAGAAGCCAUACUGGUUCAGCCAAUCAGAACACAGAUCUGGAAAGGCAGGGGUGCAGUCCUUUCUAUGAGGAGCUGUUCAAUGAUCCAUACGUCAGCACGUCCGAGGAUGUGUAUUCAUCAUACAACUACAACCCUCAAGAAGACUUUGCUGAAGUUUUACUACGGACUGGCAAACUGGCUGAAACCAACAGCGAGGGACAGAAUCUCUUUCCUGCAACUGAAGUGCUCCUUCAGCUGGCCAGUGAUGCUUUUCCCAAAGAUAUGACACUCGCUCUGGCCUAUUUACUGGCUCUACCUCAGGUGUUGGAUGCUAACACGUGUUUUGAGAAGCAACCUCCAUCAGCACUGUCUCUGCAGUUAGCUGCCUAUUACUACUCUCUUCAGAUCUACUCCCGCCUUGCACCCUGCUUUAAAGACAAGUGCAGCCCACUUUACAGAGCUGAUCCUAGAGAGCUCAUUCGUCUUGUGACCAAACAUGUAACAGACCAUGCUGGAUGUGAUUGGGGGGAUGAGGAGCUGCAGAUCCUGAUUGGUCAGUUACGACUAUACAGUGAGAGACUGACAGACUUUACUCAAGCUCAGGUGCUACAGGGGCUCGGCCGUGGAGUUGAUGUCCAGAGAUUUAGCAGCGACAACCAGUACAAGAAAGAAACUAUUCUGGGUCUGGCAGAGACACUAGAUGAGAGUGUGUAUGGGAUCUCUCGUUCUCUGGCUCAGCGGUACAGCAUCCCUCUCUGGGAAGUGCACAUGACGCACCUUGAGUUCCUGUUCACUGAUAGCGGGCUUUCCACCAAAGACAUUGAGGACAGGACGGAGGCUCUGGGCCUGUUUGAGACUCUAAAGACUAACCCGGAGUCAUUCUACACACACAUGACUAAAUAUGUGUACCCUAGCAUAGCCGGAACCGACCAGCUCCGACUCCUCUUCUACUUCACUCUUCUGGAUAACUGCGGCUGCGCAAGCUUCUUCCCCCAAUCUGCUAUGAAGCCCGACACGCACCUCAAACUGCUAAAGAAGCUCAAAGCCGUCGCCAUCGGUCUGGACUAUAAGAAGUUGACAGAUGAGGAUUCCGAUCCUUUGAAAGCUCUGGAGCCGGUACUGACCAGCCAGAACGUCCUGUCAAUCUCCAAACUGGCCCCUCGAAUCCCCCAGAAGGGAGGCGAAGCGCUUACCUCUAGCGCUGUACAUGCCACCUGGCUCCAUAAACUGUUCUGGGAAGGGGAUCAGCAUGUGCUGAAAAAAGCCCCCCAGAGUGAUCCCGACUUCCUGCAUGCCUAUGACACCUGUGCCAAAUACUUUGACCGACUUCUGCCUGUAGAUUCUGUUAACUUCUUGGAUGCCAUUACCUUUUCCCCUGAAGCCGCCAGUAAGCUCUCAGUAGAGUCCCGGCUGGAGAUCACUAAGCGGGCACAGAAGGCUCUAAAAGGAAUUAGCGAAAAGAGUAAGAAAAAGGGUAAUGAUGACAGAAGUGAAAACUCCGCCUCCAGCUUUGACUCCGCCCUCACUCACAUACAGCAGUCUCUUACCCAUCUAGAGACUCUGAGCCACUCCUUCCCUCUGUCACUCAAGACAAGCCAAGAGGAGCUUCUGCAGAAGUACUGUCACAUUUAUGACCUGUCCAGAUCCGAGCAAUCUAAAGUGCGCCAUCUGGCCAUCACAAUGGUCAUGGACGGACAGCCCCUUGAACGGAUCGAGCAGCUUCUCGCAGUCAGCGUGGGAACGAGCGACCUGUCGGUGGAGAGCAUAGUCCAGGACGCAGUGGAGCGAAUCAUAACUGCUCUCAGCGGUGACAAGGACACGUUGAAAGAUUAUGCAGACCCCUUGAAGGUGCUGGAAGGAAUUGUUGCAGCAGUGCACACUAAUGUACAGAACGGUGGGAAUAUGGUAACAUCUGAGGACAUGCUGGCAUGGUUACGACCUUUCUGUGGGGACGAUUCUAAACCUGUACGACCCCGACUUGAGGUCCUGCAGAUCCUAGAACAUUCAUUCAGCCUCAGCGAUCAAGACAUCCACCUACUGGUGUUCUUCAGGAGCCAAGCAGUUCUGAAAGCCUGCUGGCCAAAUAGAAAGUGUGAGAUGAAAGAUGUCGAGAGUGAGGAAAAGCGAUACUCUUUGUUCCUGGAACUGUUGGAGUCUAGCAGUAAAUGGGAGGAGUUUCAACACCUUAUGCUCCUCCUACAGGCGUGGCCACCAGUGACUGACAAGAGCAGGUUGGAGACAGAGCAGAACCCCUGGGUGUGUCUUACAUCCGCCCUGCUUGCAUACUCCUCAAGCCUUGCUCAAAUCAACAUUGGGAAUGAGGUUCUAACUAUGUGCCGAUCGCUUUACCCGACCAAACACAAACUUAACCCCCAGUGCGUUGGGUACAUUUCGUCUCUGCUGUUGAACGCUGGCAUUAAGCUGGCCGCUCUGAAGCUGAUGACAGAGAAUGAGGAUGAGCAUCUGCGCACACUGACCCAGGAUCAGAUCAAAAGCAUCACUGAUGUGACUGAGGAGGUGUGUGACUCUGAGCUCCUGUCUCUGCUGUUGAAUGCUGGGAUGUUGAUCAGUUGUGUGGACACAGCUCUGUAUUCUUCACUGGUCUCUCACAUGCUGGCUCAGGGGGAAUGGGAUGUGGAGAAAGCCGCCCGUGACCUCCACCAGGCCGGCCACAGCGCUCAGGCCGGGUCCUUGCUCCUGUCCUACCGAGGAUCCCACCCAGGGCAGUUCACCUUCAACAGUGCCCUCUCUGUCAUUAAAAAAUGGCUUUGAGGCGUAUGUGUGGGUUAAAAACUGACACGGAGAGAUUGUUCCUGUCUGUCUGUGUUUUUGGAGGCCAAUCAAUCAAUAAAGGAAAGUAGUCAAUCUCAGCUGAAUAAAGUAAAAAAUGAAAUAGUGUACAUUGGCACCAAAUCCAGAUCACAAAUAUCAUUUCCAAUUAGCCUAUUCAGACAGUGUUUGUUCAGGACUUCUUCCCGCUGACAAAGGACUCAGAUCACCUUCCCAUUUCUCUCUCUCUCUCUCUCGCUGUCAGUUUCCCUCUCCUGACUGGAGCUCGGUGACAUGAGUGUAAUUACAUUACUUCGGCUGUUCGGUCACGCUAGCCUGCGCUAAUAAUCAUUAUAGGCUGGAGUCGGAAUUGAAAAUGCCGCAUGUGUGCUAACAGAGUGUUUGGCAAAAGUAUGUAUGUGCGACUUCAUGGUUGAUCGUUUCCCCACACAACUUUUUGAUCUUUUCCUUUGUAGGGUUAUUAAUUAUUUUUGAAGAAAACCGAUUAGGCCUCCAGGCUGACUCUCACCUGCGUGAUUGUUUAAUCUGCACACAGAUGCACUAAAUCUAUGUUAGGUAGCUGAGCAGUAAUGUGACUAUCUAUGUACUUCAGGCAAAUGUAUCUGCAGUGCUCAAUAAAAACAUUAAAACUUCAAAAA